AUGCAGAAUAUGUUCGCCAAUCAUGAGUAUUCUGGUUACGACUGCAUAGAACUGUAUGUUACUCUACCAGAAGUUCAACCCACACAAAUGGUUGAGUCACAAGUCAUUGAUGCACUUGAAGACGAGCAAGCAGAGGUCGACGUUGUAGAUGAAGAAGAAGAAGCACCGGAAAUAGAAGUUGAUAACUUGGUCAACGAGGAAAGUGAAGAUGAACCGGAAGUUGUUGUACCACGAGAUCAAGUACAUAUGCCUCCAGCGCACAUGAGGAACUUGAAUUUUGAUGGGGAUGACGAACCAUCGACUGAUAUUUUCUAUGAUCCAUACACUCAAACAAAUCAACGGUUAAAAGUAGGAGACAUAUUUCGUUCUAAGGAGGCAUGUAUCAUGGCCAUAAAAAGAUUUCAUAUGGCUAACAAUGUUGAUUUUAGAGUUGAUCGCGCCAAUGUCGAGAGGUACAAAAUUUAUUGUAGAAACAAUGAUUGUGGAUUCAGGUUGCAUGCAUCAUACAGGAAGAGAAGUGAUUCAUGGGUUAUAGGAUAUAUUUCCCAAGAUCACACAUGUGUUAACACAAAUGUUUCACAAGAUCACUGUAAGCUAAGUUAUAACAUUAUUUGUCAAGAAAUCUUGCCUCUAGUUGAAAAAGAUCCAUCGUUAAAGGUGAAAACGAUAAUCUCUCAUAUCGUUGCAACAUACAAUUACACUAUGUCUUAUAGAAAGGCGUGGCUGGCGAAGACCAAAGCGAUCGAAAUUGUGUAUGGAAAUUGGGAGGAUUCGUACAAACGACUCCCACAUUUCUUAUAUGCGCUUCAAAUUUAUGCUCCUGGAACCGUUACUAUUUUAGAGACCUUUCCGGCGCAAUCUCCAGACGGAACGUCCCUUCAAGGAAAUGUGAUAUUCCACAGGCUUUUCUGGGCUUUCCGCCCAUCGGCAAAUCCAGAUGCAGGCAGAUGGGUAGACAAUCUUGCUAGAGAGAAAUGGACCAGAUCAUACGACAACGGGAAGCGAUGGGGGCACAUGACUACGAAUCUUGUGGAGUCUAUGAACGGGGUGUUUAAGGGCAUCAGACACCUUCCGAUUACUGCCUUGGUGGAAGCAACAUACUAUAGGAUGGCUUCUCUUUUCGCAAGAAGAGGAUCAUAUGAAUAA